CCGGGUCAGGCUGAGGCGCGGCGGCGCGAGGCGCUGUCAGAGCCGCUGUGCGAGUUCUGCCCGGCCUGCACGGGGAGCGCCACCGCUGCCAUGGAGCCCCAUCGCUGGCUGCCCCUGGAGGCCAACCCCGACGUCACGAAUCAGUUCCUCAAACAGUUGGGUAUACAUCCUGACUGGCAAUUUGUAGACGUUUAUGGUAUGGAACCAGAGUUGCUUAGCAUGGUGCCAAGACCUGUAUGUGCAGUGCUACUUCUCUUUCCAAUAACAGAAAAGUAUGAAACCUUCAGAACAGAAGAAGAAGAGAGAAUAAAAGCUAAGGGGCAAGACGUGAAAUCAUCAGUGUAUUUCAUGAAACAGACCAUUAACAAUGCUUGUGGAACAAUUGGGCUAAUUCAUGCUAUUGCAAACAACAGAGAUAAAAUGAACUUUGAAACUAAUUCUUCACUGAAGAAAUUCCUAGAAGAUUCAUUAUCUAUGACUCCUGAAGAGAGGGCCAAAUAUCUAGAAACUUAUGAAGCUAUUCGUGUCACUCAUGAAUCCAGUGCCCAUGAAGGUCAGACUGAGGCACCAAGUAUAGAUGAAAAAGUAGAUCUUCACUUUAUUGCCUUAGUUAAUGUAGGUGGUCAUCUCUAUGAAUUGGAUGGGCGCAAGCCAUUUCCAAUAAACCAUGGGGAAACCAGUGACGAUUCCUUUUUAGAGGAUGCAAUAGAAGUUUGCAAGAAGUUCAUGGAACGUGACCCAGAAGAAUUAAGAUUUAAUGCAAUUGCACUGUCUGCAGCUUAAAAGCCUUUUUCAGUGAGACUAUUGCAAUGUAUUGUAACAAUAAACUGUUGCCAUAUGUUAAUAGUACAAAUUUUGAUACUUCCCUAAUGUGUUGAUUAAUUGUAGCAUACGUGGAAUAAACUUUGCAUUUGUCCUUGCUAUAUUUUGCUGCUUGUUCCUACAGCAACUUUGGGUAUUUAUAUACAAGCAUGCAUUUUGUGCAAGAUUUCUAUGUGGUGGGUUUUUUCCCUUCCACCCCCUUCAAAUUUUCAGAAAUUACUGUCUGUGAUGUUUCAUCAUAAUAAUGAUGAGCUAGUUCAGAGCAGGAUUAUUGUUUGUAUCAUUCACAGAUAACAUUCUGCGUAUAUGGUAUGUUAAUGGGUGAAAACUUGGAAUAUGAGGCUAUCUCCAUCUUUUAUUUAUAAUGGUGCAAGAAUAUUAUAAGAACUUCUUCAGGUGACUCAAAUGACAAAGACAUUUUUUCAGUGCAUUAUUUAUAAAUAAAUAUAUGGAAGAAAAAAAGCAGAAAAAGGACUGUUCUUCCUGUUGGUGAGCACUAACAUUUUAAAAUUAUCUUAAUGUUUACAUUUUGAAUAAAACUUCACUUUGUUUCUCAAGCCUAAUAAUGUUAAUAAAUUGUCAAAAAGGUUUAGUGAAACCAAUGUUUGCUAUUUGUAUAUGUGGAAAAACAAUGAGGAUUUUUGCCCCGGAAAAGGCACACUAACUAGUUCAAAUGGUAGGACUGUGGAGGGCACACACAGAUGAAUAGAGCAAUGUGAAGUAUCUCACCUAACUGAAAUAAAUUAUAGAAAA